AUGUGGCCACCGUGGCUGAGCUCGCCGAGCCGCGUCCGCACCACGCCGCCACCAUCUCCGUCGCCGUCGCAUUCCGGAGCUCGCUCCCUCAGCUUUUCCUGCUCCUCAUUCAAAGACAUCCAGAAACUCCUCCAAGAAGAAGAACAACUCGAACGCGGAAGCAGGCUCGCUCCUUCACCUAGAUCCUCUUCACUCUUCCGCAGAAUCCGCAUCUCCACCUCCGUCCUCCGAGCGUUUGGCUCACGCGCUUCCCUUCCGCCGCCGCCACCACAGGCUACAUUGCCUCCUGGCCUUGACCGUGGCGUCGUCAUCUACUUCACCAGCCUCCGCGUCGUUCGCCGCACCUUCGACGACUGCCGCGCCGUCAGAUCGAUCCUCCGGAACUUCCGCGUCGCAGUCGACGAGCGCGACGUCUCUAUCGACGACAGGUUCCGCGACGAGCUCAACUCCAUCCUCGGCCGCAAGACCGCGACGCUGCCUAGGAUUUUCAUCGGCGGCGAGUACGUCGGCGGAGCUGACGACGUCCGGCAGCUCCAUGAGAGUGGCGAUCUGCAGCGGCUGAUUGAACGGUUGCCGAAGUCAAAUCAGAUCAACAGUUGCUGCGAUCGGUGCGGCGGUUUCAGAUUCGUGGUGUGCGAGGAGUGUAGCGGUAGCCACAAGAUCUUUGCAGAGAAGAGCGGCCGGUUCAGGAACUGUUUAUCGUGCAACGCCAACGGCUUGAUUAGGUGCCCCACAUGCUUCUUCGUGCACCCGCGCCACACCAAAUAA